AAACUUGAUCUUCUUAAAAGAUUAUUUCAGUCUAAACCUCGUUUUAAUGAGCCUUAGUUAAACAUUUUACACUUAGACUUGUACUUGUUGUCAUUUUUAAAUCUGCUUGAUGAAUGAGUACUAAGUAAGAUAGCAUUCACACUAUAUUCCUCCUCUCGUAAUUCAAUUUUCUGUUGGUGUAAUGAUUACUCAUAUUUGAGCUGGUAGUUGCUGGUGUAAUAACUUGUAUAGAAUUGUAUGAGUUUGGUGAAGGAUGACUAAAUUAUUUCCUUCUCAGCAUAUUUAAUGAAUUUUCAUUUUAUCAAACUACUCAUCUGUUUUAAAUCAAGGUCUAGGAGCAUACUCUAUUUAUUGAAUAGGAUAAAAAUGCUCUCAUUAUUUUUAUUACUACUUGUUUUGACUUUUAUUGGGUCUUUGUCACUAACAUACUGAUAUACACAUUUGUUAGAUUAUUACAUUGCCCAGUUUUCCUGCUUCAUAUGAUUUAAUAAGGACGUCCCGAAUGGCAAUAUAUGGGUUGCUAAUAUUGGGGCCAGUACAGCAUAAGUGGUUUAAUUUUCUAUCCAAAAUUAUACCGAAGACAGAUGUGUUAUCAACCUUGACGAAAAUUUUAUUGGGGCAAGCUAUAUUUGGUCCUAUCAUCAAUACUGUUUUCUUCUCCUAUAAUGGUGUUCUUCAAGGUGAAGGUGUGCCUGAAAUUAUCGCCAGGUUGAAGCGAGAUCUACUUCCUACAUUAUUAGGUGGUGCUAUGUUUUGGCCUGUAUGUGAUUUUGUUACCUUCAGAUUCGUUCCAGUCCAAUUACAGCCACUGCUGAAUAGUGCCUGCGCAUAUGUAUGGACCAUAUAUUUAGCAUACAUGGCAAACCAACCGAGUGUGAACAAUGCCUAGUGUUUGGUUCGUAUACACGCACAUUCAAGCAUUUUUCCUUUGCUUAGCAAAUCUGUUGUUGGCAGAGAUAUCUGACCAGAUUCAAGAAUUUGGCACUUGUAAGUUUCUGAAUUUCAUUUCAAUUUGUUGAUCAAUUCUUUAAUUCUUUAUGUAUAUAGCAUGUACUUCAUAUCCAUAGUUUUCUCGUUAAUUUGGAAGUAAAUGACUUUUUUUUCUUGAUAAUUAGAGGUAAUCUUAUAACAAAAUAUGUUAUGUUUACGCUCUUAAAUUACAUAAUUAGAGGAUUCUACUUCGAGUUCUGGCUUUUUUUCUGGUAACCUCAACUAGUUUUAGACCUCCCUGAUGAGUAACUUGAGUAACGUA